AUGUCUUCGCAUCAUCACUUCUCCUCCUAUCUCAUCUCACCAUCCGAGCUUAAUUCGGCGUUGAAGCACAAUGCCAGCAAGCUUUCUACAGAGCCGCGCAUCGUCCCGCUGUGCGCUUCUUGGUUCCUGCCCAACGACGGCCGGAAUGGAUAUGAUACCUUCCUUGCACAGCGCAUCCCACGCGCACGCUUCUUCGAUCUCGAUGCCGUCAAAGAUGUACACUCGCCAUACCCACAUAUGCUCCCCUCCGCUGAAGACUUCGCAAUUGCAAUGAGACACCUCGGUAUACGACGGGACGAUAGCGUAGUCGUUUAUGAUACAAAGGAGCUAGGCAUCUUCUCUGCCCCGAGAGUAGGCUGGACGCUGCAGGUCUUUGGACAUCCCAAGGUGCAUGUGUUGAACAACUUCCGCAAGUGGGUUGAAGAAGGGUUCCCAACUGAGAGUGGAGAGCCAAAAGAGGUUGAGCCGACCGAAUACGCGGUGCCGAAGUUGGAGGAGGAGAGGGUGGUCGCCUUUGAGGAGGUAAAGGACAUUGCCAAGGAGCUGGGCAAAGAAGGGGCGGAUGAAGUACAGAUACUAGACGCGAGGAGCUUAGGCCGGUGGAAGGGCGUUGAUCCGGAGCCUAGAGAAGGCCUUUCAUCCGGUCAUAUCCCAUACUCCACCUCUGUCCCAGUCACUGACCUCCUUGACCCGAAAGACAAGACCCUCCUCCCUGCCUCCGAACUUCAGGCCAUCUUCAAGUCGAAAGGCGUCGACCCUUCAAAACCGAUCAUAAGCAGUUGUGGCACAGGAGUCACCGCGGCCAUCAUCGACGCUGCAUUGUCGGAGGCUGGCUUCCCUACACAACAGAGACGCUUGUACGAUGGCAGUUGGACCGAGUGGGCGCAGCGCGUGAAGCCUGGCGAAGGUCUCAUCCGGAAGACAGAGUAG